AAAUGCAUACGGUCGGGUUGCCUAGGACGUGUCUCGGCUUCACAAACGUCCUGUGCUUCAUAUUGGCUUUCAUUAGUUUCGUAAUAUGCGCAUGGUGUGCCAUUAACACGGAAUUCUUUGAGGAAGUAAAUUAUACAGUCACGAAGAGUCAGUCAGUUAGGACGAUAGCUAAAUUUAUGAAUUUAAAAGUGUGGAUAACACCGAUCACCACGAUCCUGAUGCCGGUGGGGGUCGUUGCGAUGCUGACGUCAUGCUGUGGCCUUCUCGGCGCAGGAUGCAAAGUCAAAUGCGCCAUCAAAUCGUAUAUCUUUCUAGUCUCGGUACUGUCAUUGGUCGGGUUCUGGCUCUUCAUUAUAUCAGGGUUAUACAACAUCUAUACGAACAACGAAAAGACCGCAAGGUACAUGCAAGGUUCCAUACGACUUUACUACGGCAAAGAAGACGAUUUCUUCACUUAUAUUUGGAACUACACGAUGGUUAAUCACGAGUGCUGUGGUGCAGUUAGCUAUAGAGAUUUUUCUAAAUCGACUUGGCGGGAAAACAAUCCGGACAAGCUGUUUCCCGUUCAGUGUUGCACGCUGGCGAAUACGUCGAGCCUAGAGCCUGUAUCUAAGAAAUGUAAUACAGAUGAAGAAGAUGAGCAUAGCCACAAGGAGAUAGGGUGUAUGCACGCCCUGAGGAAAUCAAUUAAAACUAACAAAGGAAAGAUAAUUUUUUACUUGAUCUUAUUGGCGGUUUUCUAUUUGGUGUUAAUGCUGUUUUCGUAUUGCAUCAUAAAAGGGGAACCGCUGCUAGGAGCCAUGGCCACAGGGUUCGCGAAUGUAUUGAAUCCAAAGCCCAGAGAAGAGACACAAGUAAUCCAGUCGCGUACGUCGUUGGAGAAUAUGAUAUUCGUUGAGGAGCCGCCAAAGAAAGUGAUGAGAGUAGUAUCGACCGCGAAUCCCUUUCAGACUUACACUUUUGCACCGAAUUCUUACUCCGUGAAAUGAAAUCUGAACGAUUUUUUUUGAA